CAAGUCAAACCUUUGAAAGCAACGGAGCUAUGUACGCUUAUAUAAAGACCAAAGCCAAAGACCAAGCUUCAAGCACCCCGCAAAACGCACAAUAAGGUCUUCUCUUCAGACUCCUGCCAAAAUCUGGGGAAGUGGAGUUACGGAGUGAAGAUCGAUGGAUGUCGGACUGUCGCCGAGUUUUAGUGCUUCGUUUAUAUCGCCGGAGAGACAACCGAUAUGACUUCAUCGACUUCAUCGUUUUUGGUCACUCUUUAUAAUAAGAGAGUUUGUUUUGUCACUGCAAGUAUCACAUCAAGGUAAACAUGGAGUUCUCACCCUCCCUGCAAUCGCCUCCCAGGCCGUAUUCAUACCGGGAAGCCUUUAUUCCCGCUGCCACGGCACAAUGUCACGCCUCCAACCUCCUCUUCCUCCCCAAUGGCGACUUGCUCUGUGUCUGGUUCGGAGGCAGCAUGGAAGGUCGCCCUGAUAUCUCCAUCUAUCUCUCUCGUCUUGAAGCCGGACAAUCGACCUGGUUGCCCGCAGAGAAAAUGACCCACGACAGCACACGCAGCGAACAAAACCCCAUCCUCUGCUUCUCCCCCUCCAACGACCUCUGGCUCUUGUAUACCUCCCAAGAUGCCGGAAACCAAGACUCAGCGGUCGUGAAACAUCGCGUGUCUCCUGACCUCGGACGAACCUGGGGAGAACCACGUGUUCUCUUCUCCGAACCGGGGACGUUCAUUCGACAGCCUCCUCUGUUCCUCGAUGACGGCACGUGGGUUAUUCCCAUUUUCAAAUGUCGCAGCGAGCCCGGGGAACGGUGGUUGGGGAACGAUGAUGUCUCGUGCGUGCGCGCCUCGCGAGAUGGAGGAUCCACGUGGAGUGAAACCAUUGUGCCGAAUAGCUAUGGCUGUGUGCAUAUGGAGAUUCAGCGCCUGCGUGAUGGUAGAUAUCUCGCUCUCUAUCGCAGUCGCUGGGCAGACCACAUUUAUUCCUCCGUCUCUUCUGACGGAAUCAACUUCACUGAACCCAAGCCCAUCUCUCUUCCCAACCCCAACGCGGGUAUCUGCUUCGACGUCCUUCCCUCUGGUCGGGUGGUACUAGUGUACAACCACUCCUCACGGGCUGACGCAGAAGGACGACGCGAUGGACUAUACGAUGAUAUCGGGGAUACGGGAGACGCGCGCAAGAACCAGGGCAGUAAACACGCCGGCAAAGAGGCGUUUUGGGGGUCUCCCCGAGCACCGUUGAACGUGGCCUGGAGUGACGAUGGAGGAGAGACGUGGAAGCAUCGUGUAUUGGAAGAAGGCGAUGGAUAUUGCAUGACGAACAACAGCGAGAAGAAGUUGAACCGGGAGUUGUCGUAUCCCAGCAUGGUGGUGGAGGGGGAAAAAGUGCAUGUGGCAUUCACUUUCUGGCGACAAACAAUAAAGUACGUGUGUUUGGAGGGGGAUUUCUUCGACAAUUAGACUAGAUUGAUGGAUCUC